AAGAAAUACUGUAUGGUUUACAUUUUUGUUUUUCCGUGUGUUUAUUUUUUGUAGUUUGGGAUAGUUGUCGAAUUUUUCAAAUUAGCAAAAAAAACAAAAAAUGUCUAUGGAUCACCCCAGGUUUUGUGCUAUCAUCAGAACAAAUGGACCAGAAUUGGAAUUGGACCGUAGGACCAUAAAUGCUGAAUUCUCUAGGUUUGGAAAAGUUACAAAAAUAUACAUUGAUCCUGGGAAAACAGUUGCAAAAGUAUACCUGGACAAUCUUGAGCAGCUUAGAAAAGCAUGUCAGCAGCUCCAUAAGAAAUCUGACUGGUGCAUUGAAUUUAGCAAGGAUCAAUUUUUUGACAACCGGACUCAACAGCGACUAGACCAUCAUAAUAAUAGGUUUUAUUGUGACAACAGAGUAACCAGCCAGGCAGUUUCAGACACCACUAGUGGACCAAUUAACAUGGAUAGUGAAGAAGAAUGUGAAAUUUUGGAAAAUUAUGUUAAUGGCCAUGGUAGGCCUGUUACUGUACUGCGAGCUGAUAAUGGUCAACUAUUUGUUGAUCUAAAUGACAUUCGUGCAUCUGGAUUUGCAAUAUUUAGAAAAGAAGAUUACAAGACAACUAUAUUAACAAAAAUGGACGACUUGAGAGAAUUUGAAAGUUUUUUGUUAAAUCAAGCAGUUGCAUAUCAGCUUAAUACAAGAAGGAACUUUGCCACAGAUGAAAUAUUUAACACAAUUGAAAAGGUAAAAGAAAGACUUUGGGGCUCUCAAAGAAAUGAACAAAACAUUGUCACUUCUAUGAACGGGGAUGCUCCGGUUGUUAACGUUACGAGGAGUUAUUCAGGUCUCAGUAGUAACAAUGCACAGAAUAAACCUCGUCAAUCUGACCAAUAUGCUGCUCCAUCAUGUAGUCAUGUGAAGCAGACCAAAAUAGAAAGCCAAAAUAUAAACCGGCAAAGUUUUAUAACUAAUGGUGCUAGAUCAAAUGAGUUCAACCAAGAUAGUAGAAAUACAAAACCAAUAAAUUCCAUACAUAUUACAAAUUCAAGACCAAAACCAUUACGCAAACCUAAUGUUGAUAAAACCCUUGAAAAUCUACAUUUAAAACCUGUUGGUAGUAAAAAGGCACCAAGUGAAGAUGAAGAUUGGUUUGAUGAUUGUAAUACUGGAACUAUUCCAAAACUUGAAGAACAAGCCGUUGCUAUCAAUACAAGCGCCAAACCUUGUGAUAUUCCAAUUGAAUUUAAGCAAACAGAUUCUGCUAAUCCAUGUGUGGAAUCUGGAGCGGCGGUGUCGUCCAUUAACAAAGUUUCUUUACCAGUUUCUUCUAAUCCCUCCAAGGUUCGUAUUAGUUAUGUUAUGGAAAGAGAAAACAAAAGUCGAGUAUACUUUGUUCAACGGUUCGAAAAUAUAGACCUAGUGGACGACCUUUUGCUGCAAUUAAAUACCUUAAGUGAAAAUCAGAAUAUUGCGAAUCCAAUAGAAAAUGGCGUUUAUCUUUUUCAAUUUGAAGAACUAUGGUAUCGUGGCAAGCUUAUAAGGAUCAAUAAAGAUCAGUCAUAUUUAGUGGAUCUAAUUGAUUAUGGAAAUAUAGAAAAUCUAAAAAACCCUGUAAAGGAAUUACCUGAAAAGUUCAAAUCCACACCUGCGCAAAGCAUUCGAAUUACUUUUACAAAUGAGAGUCCCUUAGCAACAUAUAAAGUUGAUGAUGAAAUAGAAAUUGUUGCAAGGAAACAGUAUGAUGAUGGCACAUAUCUGGUUCAAAUUUUUGCUGGUUGUUCAGAGGUACCAUCUUCUUCACAAAGUAAACAUGAAGUUCAACCUGUAAUCACCAAACCAUUGACACCCAAAUCCCAUCCAGUUACAGAUAACUCCUAUUUUGUGAUCCCUCCACUGCUAGGUCCUCUUAAAAACAAUGAAAAGGUGAUGAUAUUAGGCAUUACAGAUGGAAAAUUGUUAUUAAGGACAAAGGAUUGUGCAGCACAUUGUAAAGAAUUGUAUAAACUGAUUAGUGACAUGGAGAAACAAUCUAUCACAAACGUGAAAGAAGGCCAGUUGGUAUUAUGUUCUCGUGAUAAAACAGAAGGCUUACAUAGAGGGGUCGUUAAAAAAAUCGAAAACUCUGCCGCUUAUAUAGAUUAUUUGGAUUAUGAUGGGACAGAAACCCUAUCUCUGAAAUCACUGAGAAAUGUUAAUGCUGAGUUAGCUGCAGCACCGAGGGCGCUAGUGGAAUCUCCACCUUAUUCAGCUUUGAAAUCUACAAACAUUGCUAUUGAAGACUUUAUCAACAAACUUAUUAUUACAAAGAAGAAGUUAGAUGUGAUUAUGGAAAAUGGAGAUUUUGACUUAAGAAUCGACAGUAACACACUGCUAUCACAAGAAAUCGAAAACUUGAGGGUUAAGGAUCAACCACUUUCCGAUGUGGUUUCUGAAGGUGAAGAUGUUGUCAGAUAUGAAGACAUGCCUUAUGCAAAGUUAAAGAAAGGUACCGGCUGGUACUUUUGUUACAGUUGUAAAGAUACUGAAACAAUAACCCUUAUAUCCAGUGAACCAGAGUAUGAGAAAUACUUGAAUGAUUUGAUUAUUACAAUAUGUGACACAGCCCCAUAUGCACCGGAAAUUUACCAUAUGUGUUUGGCGAAAUUUCAUGAUCAGUGGUACAGGGCCACAGUGAUUGAUGUUGAUGAAGAACAUGAGACAUUUCAAGUGUUAUUUGUCGAUUUUGGUAAUGUUUGCGACCUUGAAAUGAAAGAUUUGAGGAGGCUUCCUAGAAAAUAUGCAACUAUUCCAAUACUAGGAGUGUCCUCAUAUUUUAUUGGUUUGCCUACAAAUAAUACUAAGUUGAACUCGAGACUACAGGAACUAAUUCCCGAUGCUACAUUUUUGGAUGUGAAUGUUAAAACAGAUUUAGAUCCUGACAAGUUGCAGUAUGGCAUUGAAAUCCCCGAGGUCUAUGAAACACUCAAAUCUGAGGGAUUUAUUUAGUUGAGCAAUGUUCAUAGUUUGUGUAUUAUAGUAAUUUUUAUUUUUUUUAUAUAUACCGGGUGACACAAGAAAGUGGAAACACUCGAUAACUGUUAAACGGCUUAAAUUUGGAAGGGUUAAUAUAGGCUGAAUGUCCAAUGUUUUGACAAUAUGCAGUAGUUUCCGGUUUGAGCGGAAAGAACAGUAACUUUUGAAUUUGAAAUGGCACAACCGAUAUUUUUUUGCAUUUUUGGAUUCAGGAGAUCAUUCUACGUAUAGGACAGUUUUUCUCAGUUUUUUUUUGUUUCAUCAUAAAUACUAUUUACCGGGUCAACUGAUCAGCGGAAAAAUUGUAAAUGAAACUUUUCUUUACUUGCGUAAUAGCAAAUAUCAUUUAAUGUAAUCAACUAUUAGUUUUUUAGGAUAACAUAGUUUUUUUUAAAUAGCAUUUUUAUAAAAAAAAUAUUACGCAGGUGGCUUUGCUUCACUUCUAAUAAAAUUAUCAUGUCGAUUAUUUUGUGGAUUUCUCAUUUUCCAUUCCAGCUUUCUUAAGAAAGAAUAUGGAAGAAGGCGACUUCCCGCAUAGCCCCGUAUAUCAGAAACUUUUUCUCCAUUUGUAAUUGAUUAUUGUUUUCCUUGAUAAUCUAAAUCGAUAACGCGACAAAAUCGAUAAUCAGAUAAAAAUGUGCAAACUGUCAGAAGUUUUAAUCAUGCCGACUUGAUGAUGAAUAGAAGCAAAGCUACCUAAGUAAUAUUUUGUUUUUAUAAAAAGGUAUUUACUUAUCUGGUUUUUUCCAUCCUGUGAGCUUAUUUUUUCACGAAUUUUGAAAGUUUUGUCUUCAAAAUGUUGAAAAAAAAGUUUUUGUUCCCACUAGGGUGCUAUUUGAAAAAACUAGGUUAUCCUAAAAAAUUAUCAGUUCAUUAUAUUAAAUACCAUUUGCCAUUGGACAAGUAAAGAAAAGUUUCAUUUACAAUUUUUCACAUGAUAAGGUGACCCGGUCAAUAGUAUUUAUAAUACUCGCGGCCUUCUAAACACAAUUUUCGAAAUUAAAUAAAAAUUUUAAAAGACAAAAAGAAAGUGAGAAAAACAAAAAAAAUCAAAAAAUAUAGGUUGUGCCAUUUAAAAUUCGAAAAUUACUGCCGUUUCCGCUCAAACCGGGAGUGCAACUAUUGACUACAUAUUGUCAAAAAAUUAGACAUUCAGCCUAUACUAACCCUUCCAAAUUUCAAGUCGCUUUCUCAAGCCAUUUAAAAGUUAGAGAGUUUUCCCACUUUCUUGUAUCACCCGGUAUAUAAAAAUUCUCAUUUUCCCAAUUAAUUCUUAAUUAAUUAAUUAAUGCUUUAUUCAUUGUUUUAUCAAUCAAAGACUUGUUUUGUUUCUUUAUGGUAAGCCUAUAAAGCCUAAU